AUGGUGACCAGAGCGAUGGAGGUGGUGAAAGGUUUGGACGUGAAGCGGUACAUGGGUCGGUGGUACGAGAUUGCGUGUUUUCCGUCGAGGUUUCAGCCCAGUGACGGCGUCAAUACCAGAGCCACCUACACUCUCAGGGAUGAUGGCACCCUCAACGUUCUGAAUGAGACUUGGAGUGGUGGCAAAAGAAGCUUCAUUGAGGGCACUGCUCAUAAGGCUGAUCCCGAUAGUGAUGAAGCCAAAUUGAAGGUCAGGUUUUGGGUUCCUCCUUUCUUACCGGUCAUUCCUGUUACUGGGGAUUACUGGGUUUUGUACAUUGAUCGUGAUUAUCAGUAUGCUCUCAUUGGCCAACCGAGCAGGAGUUAUCUUUGGAUAUUGUCCAGGAAGAAUCAUAUGGAUGAUGAGACCUACAACGAGCUUGUUCAGAAAGCUAGGGACGAGGGGUAUGAUGUGAGCAAACUCCACAAGACUCCACACACCAAUCCUCCACCAGAGGGAGAAGGUCCUGAGGACACCAAAGGCGUUUGGUGGUUCAAGUCCCUUCUGGGGAAAUAG